AUGGUGGCGGCUUUGGCGGCGUCCUCCUCCUCCUCCUCGGCGGCGUCUCCGUCCUCGGCCGCGCCGUGCGCCCGCCGGCUGGCCCGCCGCUCGCACUCGGCGCUGCUCCUGGCGCUCACCGUGCUGCUCGUGCAGACGCUGGUGGUGUGGAAUUUCAGCAGCUUGGACUCCGGCGACGAACGGCAGCAGCAGCAGCAGCAGCAGCGGGGCACCCUCGCCGCCAGCAACCGCCGCCGGGAGAAGCGCGCUUUGGAGAGCCCCCCCGGCCGCGAAGGCGUCCACCGCGCGCACCAGCACCGCAAAGGACCCGGCGCUUUCCGCGGCAGGGCGAUGGACCCACCUCUCAAUCCUUACAAAGGCUUGGAAGCCCAGGACGGCUACUUUUCCCACCGGCCGAAGGAGAAAACGCGGACGGACAGCAACAAUGAGAACUCUGUCCCCAAGGACUUUGAAAACGUCGACAACAGCAACUUUGCUCCCAGGACGCAGAAGCAGAAGAACCAGCCGGAGCUGCUGAAGAAGCCCGUAAGCAAGCAGAAGGAGCGUUUGAGGAGGAAGCUGGGGCAGGAGGAAAAGGUGAAAGAGAACUCUCUCCUGGGAAAGAGCUCGAACGAGGCGCUGCAAUACGCCAACCCAGCCCCGAAGAACAGCAACAACGGCAGCCAUUUGAAGGACCUCCACAGGUCUCCCAGGCAGCAUCACUUGAAAAAGGGUGGGAACGGCUCCCCCGAGCUUGGCUAUGAGCAGCCGCCGAAGUGCGAGAUCUCCGGCAAGGAGGCGAUAUCGGCCCUGUCCCGGGCCAAGUCGAAGCAGUGCCGGCAAGAGAUUGCGGAGAUGUACUGCCAGCACAAGCAAGAGAAGCUGAUGCCCGAGCAGGUGACUCGUUUCUGUCCCCUGGAAGGCAAAGCCAGCAACAAUGUGCAGUGGGACGAGGACUCCGUAGAGUACAUGCCAGCCAACCCCAUCAGGAUCGCAUUUGUCUUGGUUGUUCAUGGCAGAGCUUCCCGGCAACUGGCGCGCAUGUUUAAGGCUAUUUACCAUAAAGACCAUUUUUAUUACAUUCAUGUUGACAAGCGAUCCAAUUACCUACACCGGCAAGUGCUCCAGUUUGCAAGCCAGUAUCCAAAUGUGAGAGUCACCUCUUGGCGCAUGGCAACUAUCUGGGGAGGAGCAAGCCUUUUGUCCACCUACUUGCAAAGUAUGCAGGAUCUGAUGGAAAUGAAGGACUGGCAGUGGGACUUCUUCAUUAACCUCAGUGCUGCUGACUAUCCCAUCAGGACAAAUGACCAGCUCGUUGCAUUCCUAUCCAGAUAUCGAGACAUGAACUUCUUGAAGUCCCAUGGAAGAGACAAUGCAAGGUUCAUUAGAAAACAAGGACUGGAUAGGCUCUUCUUGGAAUGUGACACUCACAUGUGGCGCCUCGGUGACCGGAAAAUUCCAGAAGGUAUCACCGUAGAUGGCGGUUCAGACUGGUUCCUGCUCAACAGGAAGUUUGUGGAAUAUGUCACAUUUUCAAAUGAUGACCUGGUGACCAAGAUGAAGAGGUUCUACUCAUACACGUUGCUUCCAGCUGAGUCUUUCUUCCACACCGUCUUGGAGAACAGCCCUCACUGUGACUCCAUGGUGGACAACAACCUGCGGAUCACGAAUUGGAACCGCAAGCUGGGAUGCAAAUGUCAGUACAAGAACAUCGUGGACUGGUGUGGCUGUUCACCGAACGACUUCAAGCCAACCGAUUUCCACCGGUUCCAGCAAACGGCGAGACCCACUUUCUUUGCCCGCAAGUUUGAAGCGGUGGUGAAUCAGGAAAUUAUUGGCCAGUUGGAUUACUACCUGUACGGCAACUACCCGUCCGGCACUCCAGGCCUUCGAUCGUACUGGGAGAAUGUUUACGAUGAACCAGACGGCAUCCACAGCACCAGUGACAUUGCACUGACCAUGUACCACGCAUUUUCUCGAUUGGGUUUGAGAAGAGCAGAAACUUCAUUCCACACCAAUGGUGACAACAGCUGUCGGUAUUAUCCAAUGGGCCAUCCAGUCUCGGUCCAACUCUACUUCCUUGCCGACCAUUUUCAGGGUUUCCUCGUCAAGCACCAUGCUACCAAUCUGGCUGCCAGUAAGCUGGAGACCUUAGAGACAUGGGUGAUGCCCAAGAAGGUGUUUAAAAUUGCAAGUCCACCCAGCGAUUUUGGAAGGCUGCAGUUCUCAGAGAUUGGAACUGACUGGGAUGCUAAAGAGAGGAUAUUCCGAAAUUUUGGUGGGCUCAUUGGGCCAAUGGACGAGCCGAUCGGCAUGCAGAAGUGGGGGAAGGGACCCAACGUCACCGUCACGGUCAUCUGGGUGGACCCCGUCAAUGUCAUCGCCGCUACGUAUGAUAUCCUUAUAGAAUCCAGCGUGGAGUUUACUCACUACAAGCCGCCUUUGAAUUUGCCCCUCCGGCCUGGAGUCUGGACGGUCAAAAUCCUGCAUCACUGGGUCCCUGUGGCUGAAACCAAAUUCCUGGUCUCGCCUCUGACGUUUUCCAACAGGCAGGCCCUCAGGCAAGAUGAAGCCAUGAGGUUGCACGGGGGCCCUCCGAAGAAUGCCUACAUGGAGCAGAGCUUCCAAGGCCUGAACCCAGUUUUGAACAUCCCAAUCAAUGCCGCGCAGGUGGAUCAGGCCAAAAAGAGUGCGGCGCUCACUGGCACCAUGCUGGAAAACUGGGUGGACAGCUUAGUUGGAAGCAUGUGGUCAGCUAUCGACAUCUGUAGCACGGGCCCGACGUCCUGCCCCGUCAUGCAGACCUGUGGCCAAACCUCAUGGAGUUCGCUCAGUCCGGACCCCAAGUCCGAAUUGGGCCCUGUCAAACCCGACGGCCGCUUGAGGUAGCACCUGGUACGCCCUUCCAUCGGCUUUAAAAGGGAAUUGAACUGUGCACUCUUGUGACU